UUCUCAGCUGGUAGUUUUUCUUGUAUGAAUUAUAUAUCCAUGUUGUUUAGCAGUGUAGUUGCUGUUAAUGACGGCUGAAUUUAUUGCUCCGGGUUGUGAAGUUAUUAUGCACCUGUUCUUCGUCAUUAUUUCAAUUGUAAAUUUUAAAUUAAAUUUGGGUUUAAGUGGUGAAGAUUCGUCAUCUCGCGGUUUCAAUUCAUGUAUAUCUGCGUGAAGUGGCUCCAGUGUUUCUGGCGAUAUGAAUCCUUCGAUUGUAGUAGAAGCAUGAUGGAGAAAACUUUUGAAAUGUUUUGGCAGUGUAUUUAUUGCUGGAGCUUCUGCUAUGUAAUUGCUACUUGGAAAUUCAAGCGGGGGUUUAACACUCCAAAUUCCCAAUGCUAGCUCUUGGUUCUUAAAAUUUGUGAUUCUAAAUUAAACAUAUUUCGAGUGGGUAUACAUAGAGAAACCAUGGACAGGGAUACUGGUUCUGGUGGUCCAUCAACACCUAGUGGGCCUACUGCACGGUUACGUAGGCGGAAAGGCUCAAAUGAGGUUCCUCCAGAAGUUGAAACAAAUGGCGAUCGUUUACUUUUCAAAGACCGUAACAAGUACAAGUCAAUGUUAAUCCGCACAUAUUCAACUGUUUGGAUGAUUGGAGGCUUUGUCUCGAUAAUAUACUUGGGUCACCUUUAUAUAUGGGCCAUGGUAGUGGUUAUUCAAAUAUUUAUGGCUAAGGAGCUGUUCAAUUUGCUUAGGAAGGCACAUGAAGACCGGCAACUCCCUGGUUUUAGGCUCUUGAAUUGGCACUUCUUCUUCACAGUCAUGCUUUUUGUAUACGGUCGAAUUCUCAGUCAAAGGCUUGUGAAUACUGUGACUAUGGACAAAUUUUUGUAUAAGCUGGUGGGAAGGCUUAUAAAGUAUCAUAUGGUUACCUGUUAUUUCUUGUAUAUCGCAGGUUUUAUGUGGUUCAUCCUUACAUUAAAGAAGAAGAUGUACAAAUAUCAGUUUAGCCAAUACGCUUGGACGCAUAUGAUUUUGAUUGUGGUGUUUACCCAAUCAGCCUUUACAGUGGCUAAUAUUUUUGAAGGAAUAUUCUGGUUCCUUCUUCCAGCAUCACUUAUUGUCAUCAAUGACAUUGCUGCUUACAUUUUUGGGUUCUUCUUCGGGAGAACUCCUUUGAUCAAACUCUCACCAAGGAAAACAUGGGAAGGCUUUAUUGGAGCGUCUUUUGCAACUAUGAUCUCGGCCUUUAUGCUGGCAAAUAUAUUGGGUCGCUUCCAGUGGUUAACAUGCCCAAGAAAGGAUUUGUCAACUGGUUGGCUUGAAUGUGAUCCUGGUCCACUGUUUAAGCCUGAGUAUUUUACUGUCCCACAGUGGUUUCCUGAAUGGUUUCCUUGGAGAGAGAUUUCUAUUUUACCUGUCCAGUGGCAUGCAUUAUGUCUUGGUCUUUUUGCAUCAAUAAUAGCACCUUUUGGAGGCUUUUUUGCCAGUGGCUUUAAACGGGCUUUCAAGAUCAAGGAUUUUGGAGAUAGCAUUCCUGGACAUGGUGGUAUCACAGAUAGAAUGGAUUGCCAGAUGGUGAUGGCCGUCUUUGCAUACAUAUAUCACCAAUCGUUCAUUGUACCACAGAGCCUGUCAAUCGAGAUGAUCAUGGACCAGAUUCUAAUGAACCUGACGUUUGAGGAGCAGAGAGCACUAUACACAAAACUCGGCCAGAUUAUCAUGGAGAAGCAGUUUGGAGAAUCCUGAAUCUCACUAGAAGCCUUUGCUUUCACUAGCCAUGUGUUUUUAGUUUUAUUUUUGCCUUUUUAUUUGUUUUUUCUUCAUUUCUAUAUGCUUUUGUGAUGUUGAUUUUAGGUUGCCCGUAUUGUAUAGCACAUUUUUGUAGCUUCUGACUUUGUGUUAGUUACUAGUACUUUUUUUGGAGUUUCAGUGUGUAGCAAAAACUUAAAAACACAUUUUGAUAUGUUGCAAAAACAGAUGAAAUAAACAUGUUUUAAUCGGUAUACAAAAUUA